AUGACUUCACCGCAAGAAUCAGUUGAUCUCAUCAGCUCAUAUGAUGAAGCGCAGAAGGAACAAUCCAGUAUAUCCAUCAUCACUCAAGAAAACACAGGCGUCGAUUCUUCCCAACAAGUCAGCUCAUAUGAUGAAGAGCAGAAGAAACAAUCCAAUACAUUCAUCAUCAUUCAAGAAAACACAGGCGUCUAUUCUUCCCAACAAGUCGAUCUCAUCAACUCAAAUGAUGAAGAGCAGGAACAAUCCAGUAUAUCCAUCGUCACUCAAGAAAACACAGGUGUCGAUUCUUCCGAUCUCGCCGAUGUAGAUCAUCUGACAGUAUCAAUCUUACCUUCUCUGGAUCUUUUCGAUUUCUCCCGAGAUACGGUAAAGGAACAAGAAAUAAUGUCGAAAGAUUCGCCUGUUGAUCAUGAUGGUUCGGAGGAAGAAGAAUUAUUCCUUUUAUUUGAUUCGAAUUCCAUUAAUAACCGAAUCAUCGAAAGCAACGCUGAGGGGACUGAUGACAGUGUUGAUAAAAAAAACCUUACCGGCGAGCAUGAUGAAAUUUCCAAGGAAGAUCAAACUUCGGAAAGCGGAUUGCGUGAAAGCCAAUCCGGUGAUGUCUCGAUGAUAAAAUCAGAAGUAGAUGGCAUUAUAACAAGGUAUAGAAAUAAGAUGGCAGAAGUCCUUAAUAAUUCCCAUUCCGAAUUCGAUACUCAAAUGGAUAGGACGUACGACGAUAUGAUUAAAGAUGCCGACAAUAUUGGGAUAAGUGCAAUAAUAGGACUGAUUAACGAUCAACUAAAGGAUAUUUUCCAAGUAUGCGCAGAUCACUUUGCCGAAAUCGAGCUGAAUCUGGGUUCUGAAGUGAGGGGAAUUAAAGAACGCGAAUCAAAAAUCAAGAGUGUUAUCGAUAUUGCCAUCGAUAAAAAAAUAAUCAAGCUGCUAGAAAAUGACAGGACCACUCAAAUCAUGUCUGGAGUUGCGUCCUUAAUAGAAACCAGAAUGAAUGAGUACGCCAAAGACUUCAGCGAAAAAGUCGAUCGGAUAGAAGGCGAUUUCCGGGAGCUUGGAAUUGCAAAAGCGGAGGAUAAGGGUAUUGUCGAAGCAAUCACCGAGACGGAGCACAGGAUGAAUGAUCGGUACGAGUACCUUGACAAGAAGGUUUCCGUUAUCGAGAAAACAGAAUCUAUGAUUAGGGAGAAUGCUUUAAACAUCGAUACCAUGGUUGCGACAUUGCAAGGAAAUUUGUCACAGCUAGAUGAGAGAUUUUCAUCAAUGAAGGAUAAUCAAUUUGAGAAGCUAAAUCUUGAAGUUGAGAAGUUAAGCAAGCGUGUUGUCGAAUAUUUUUGUAAAAUUAGUGAAGUCGAAAAAGAAUCAUACGUGUUGAGGGAGGACAUAGAAAAAAUAAAAUCAGAGAAUGACGCUUCUAAUAGUAUCGAUUAUGUACGAGAGGGGUUGGGAAAACUCGAGAGUAAAUAUGAUGAACUCAAAGAUCAAUAUGCUAAAUUGCUUGAAGCCAGACCCAACAUGGAGGAAAGUAUGCUUUCAGUGGAACAACGGUUGCGAGACGAGUUCGAUGAAAUUGUAAAUGGCAUCGUGAGACAGCUUGAAGAAGAUAGAGCGGAUAAAUGGAAACAGAUUGUCGAAGCCGUGAAAGACGAGGCCGGUAAAGUAAUGGAACGGAUCGAAAUAAUGGAAUCCGUGGAAGGAGUUUUGAGAGAGGAACUCACAGCCAAAGAAGAAGAAAUCAAGGAGAUAAUUGGAAAAGAUCGCGUUACCUUCGAUCAAACUAUCCAAGAGAAGGUUCGAGAGACUAUCGAUUCAUACACUACGGAAUGUGAAGAAAGAUUGAGGCAGCAAAUCCGAGAAGCGAUGCGUCAAUAUGAAGAAAAGGUCAACAAACUUUCGGAUUCAUCUUUUGAACUCGAGCAAACAUUCACCGGAGAAAUUAGAACUUUGACCGAUCGGAAGAUUCGUUCUAUCGAAAUUGAAAACAAUAAGUUGAAAGAUUCGAAACGUCAUUACAAAGAAAAAUUGGUACAAAAAGAAUCAGAUAUCAGUGAUCUGAAGGUGUGCGUCAAUCAAUACGAAUCUCAGGUUUGCAAGCUCGAGCAAGAGAAAACUUAUAUGGAGAAGAAAAUAAAUGAUAUAAAACUUGAAAAGAGACAGAUAGAGAGCAAAGUAAAGGAACUCGAGUGCAGGUAUCACGAAGUAGACAAACGUUUUCAAACAAAGUUCAUGUCUAAUGAAGAGGAAUUAAGAAAAAUUAAGAUUGAGUAUGAAAGACAGGAAAAGCGAUUACAAAAGAAUGAGUGA